ACUAUGGCACUAUUAAGAAAGUACUUGCCCCAAUGAACCAGUCUUCAAGCAGCUGCCUGCUUGAGGAAAUUGAACUCCUGCCGAAAAGUCAACGAGAGCCCAUCAGGAGCCUUCAGAUCCUGCACAGCCAGAGUGUCCUUUUUGUGGGCCUUCAGGAACAUGUGAUUAAGGUCCCGCUGAAGAGAUGUCCCUUUUACAAAACAUACAGUGCAUGCAUUGGAUCCCAAGACCCUUACUGUGGCUGGGACGUGGUGAUGAAGAAAUGCACAACGCUGGAAGAAAGUCUGAGCAUGAGUCAAUGGGAGCAAAGCAUUACUGUGUGUCCAAUGAGGAAUCUGACAGUGGAUGGGCAUUUUGGAACAUGGUCGCAGUGGAAACCUUGCACCCACACUGAUGGUGCCAGUGUUGGCUCCUGCCUCUGCAGGACACGUGUGUGUGACAGUCCUGCUCCUCAGUGUGGAGGCUGGCUGUGUGAAGGACCAACCAUGGAGAUUGCCAACUGCUCCAGAAAUGGAGGCUGGACACCGUGGACCUCUUGGUCACCUUGUAGUACCACUUGUGGAAUAGGCUUUCAAGUUCGUCAGCGUUCCUGCAGCAAUCCAACCCCUCGACAUGGAGGACGCGUCUGCGUGGGACAGAAUCGUGAGGAGAGGUACUGCAACGAGCAUUUGCUGUGCCCCCCUCAUGUGUUUUGGACAAGCUGGGGUCCAUGGGAGCGCUGCACUGCUCAGUGCGGAGGAGGGAUCCAGGCACGGCGUCGGACAUGUGAAAAUGGUCCUGACUGUCCCGGCUGCAGUGUGGAAUAUCAGCCUUGUAACACCAAUGCCUGCCCAGAGUUAAAAAAGACAACUCCCUGGACACCUUGGACCCCAGUCAAUAUUUCAGACAACGGUGGCCACUAUGAACAACGUUUCCGAUACACCUGCAAAGCGCGCUUGCCUGACCCAAAUUUGCUGGAGGUGGGAAGGCAAAGGAUUGAAAUGCGUUACUGUUCCAGCGAUGGCACCAGCGGAUGCUCGACAGAUGGAUUGUCAGGGGAUUUCUUGCGUUCCGGACGAUACUCUGCCCAUACCAUCAAUGGUGCCUGGUCGCCCUGGUCUCCGUGGUCUCAGUGCAGUCGUGACUGCAGUAGAGGUAUACGGAAUCGCAAACGGGUCUGCAGCAAUCCUGAGCCCAAGUAUGGGGGACUUCCUUGCCUUGGCCCAUCUCUAGAGUACCAGGAAUGCAACAUUUUGCCUUGUCCAGUGGACGGAGGCUGGUCUUGUUGGUCGUCUUGGUCAAAGUGCUCGGCAACUUGUGGAGGAGGGCAUUACAUGAGAACCCGCUCCUGCACAAACCCCGCACCAGCAUAUGGAGGAGAUAUCUGCCUUGGGCUGCACACUGAAGAAGCACUCUGCAACACACAGCCCUGUCCAGACAGCUGGUCCGAGUGGUCCGAGUGGUCCAACUGUGACUCGUCUGGCAUCCAGUUCCGCGUUCGUCAGUGCAUCAUUUUGUUUCCUGUGGGCAGCCAGUGCACGGGCAACACCACGGAGACCCGAACCUGUGCUCUGGACUCCAACUUCAUACCAGAAGUAUCAGUGGCACGAUCCAGCAGCGUGGAAGAAAAACGAUGUGGCGAGUUCAACAUGUUUCACAUGAUCGCAGUGGGACUAAGUAGCUCAAUACUUGGUUGCCUUCUUACCCUGCUUGUUUACACUUAUUGCCAACGGUAUCAACAACAGUCUCAUGACGCAACCGUCAUCCAUCCGGUGUCACCAGCUCCUCUAAAUACCAGCAUUACCAACCAUAUCAACAAACUGGACAAAUAUGAUUCUGUAGAAGCCAUCAAGGCAUUUAACAAAAACAACCUGAUUCUGGAGGAGAGAAACAAAUACUUCAAUCCACAUCUUACUGCAAAGACUUAUUCUAAUACCUAUUUUACAGAUUUCAAUAAUUAUGAUGAGUACUAAUGGGCUUGUGUAUUUUCUGGCCGCCUGUAACUCCCCAGUCCCCAAGGCCUGUGCUACUUGACUGCUCAUGUGAUUGAGGCUUCAGAAAUGAAGUUCAGAGACAUUUCAAGCACGAUCCAAGCCAUCAGUGUCCCAUUGCUGCCGAAAGCCCAAAACACCUCUUUGUGACAUGAUGUUUUCUUUGCAGAGUGCAAGGUUGGCCUUCAGUGUUGGGUGCAGAUGUAGCCCCUCAGUGUCGCUGGACCACUCAUGAGGAUUAUUGCAUCGCUUCACUCAGUUUCAUAAACUUCCAGUCGCUCUACCAAGUGACUAAGUAAUUCCUGAUUACCCCUUAAAGCUGCGCCAGGAGUACAAAUCUGAUUUUAUUUUUAGGCAUUGUCUUUUAUUUCCGUGAGUUUGAAAAGGGAGCUCUGCUGUUAGCCACGGAGCCCUCCGUGAAGUCUCCUGAAGCUCACACCAC